AUGCUCGACAUCCACGGACCGGGGCCCACGGCGACGACACCCUCGACGUCGCUGCACCGCAACCCACCGGCCUUUGUUACCACAACUACGUACCGAACGAGUCCGGCACAGCGCCCAGGUCUACUCGAACAGCCGACGGCGGACAGUCCUCACCCCUCGGUUGCCGCCGGGUCGGUCAUGGCCUCCUCCCUCCCACCAUCUCUCGAGCAGGCAAGAAUCCAAGGCCUUCCUUCGACGGCCUACUACAUACCCAAUUUCAUCAGCGAGGAAGAGGAAGACUCCAUCCUGGCAAAGGACGGCGCGGCGUACUGGCCAGUUGUCUGCACCGUCAGUCUAGGCGCCAGUCUCUGCCUGAAUCUGCAUCGUACAAGAGACGAUGGUGCCCUCGACCCGACGCCGGCUUGGCGAAUUCUCCAAGAACCCCGUAGUCUUCUCAUCACGACGGAAUGUCUCUAUACCGAUUACCUCCACGGCAUCGCCGACAUUGACGAGGACGUCAACCUGUCGGCAGAGGGGGGCGUGGUCAACUGGCCAUUGCUUCGCGAUCCCGAUGCGCACGCAGAUGGUCGCAACGUUCGCAAACUUCGAACGAGCCUGACCUUCCGAGACGUUGUCAAGGUGUCGACAAUGGGAACCAAGUUGCCCAUGCUGGCCAGGUGA